CCUCUGGUUGCGUUGUCGGAUGUAAUGAUGAUUUACCGACACUCCCUUGGAAGUGACUGGGAUUCUUCUGCCUGGCAGUUUGAAAAAGUUGUGUACGGGAUCCCUGCGCUUCUGCCAGAGCCAGAUGGGGGAUUCUGCUUUGUCUGGACUGUGUUGUGUUUUAGCUGGUUCCUGGGAUUCACACAGGGAAACUCUGAAGAUGUGGAUGUUCUUCAGAGGCUGGGCCUGGGAGGGAGAAGGCCAUCGAGCGGAUUGUCCUCAUCACAUGCCAUUCCUCAAGGGGUCAUUCCUCUCAAAUCAGGGGUUAUCUUUACUCAGCGAGCACGCAUCGAAGCGCCCAUCAGCACCAUCUUCCCUGCAGGCUCCAGCACUGACCUGCUCCUAGUGCUGAGCCUGUGCUCCCACCGCAUCAACAACGCCUUCCUCUUUGCAGUCAAGAGCAAAAAGAAAAGACUGCAGCUGGGGGUUCAGUUUGUGCCUGGGAAGAUAAUAGUGUACGUGGGCCACAAGCGCUCUGUAUAUUUUGAUUACAAUGUUCACGAUGGCCAGUGGCACAAUAUGGCCAUCAAUAUCCGUGGCCAGACAGUCACUUUAUUUACUUCUUGUGGGAAGCACAGAGUACAUGCGGAUUUGCAUUUUAAAAAGGACGAGGCAUUGGAUCCACAUGGAUCUUUCCUCUUUGGGAAGAUGAACCAUCACUCGGUGCAGUUUGAAGGAGCCAUCUGCCAGUUCGAUAUUUAUCCUUCCGCCAAGGCAGCUCAUCAUUACUGUAAAUACCUGAAAAAACAGUGCAGGCAAGCAGAUACCUACCGGCCAAACCUGCCCCCGCUCAUUCCCAUCCUGCCCAGGGAUCCCAGUGCCUCCCCCAGUACUCCACAGCAUACGGAGCCCUUGCUUCAGGGUCUGAAAAACUUGACCACUGCCACUCCAUCCUUGGCGUUUGGCAAGGUCACUGCACCCCUCAAGACUCGGGGUUCAGGUGCUACAACUGUUGCCUUGGUCUCGUCCCAGCCGCCACUGCCAAGACAGACAACCAAAGCCACAAAGGUUACGGUGGCUCCAUCCAGUACUGGCACACAGCCGCCCACCCGUUCACUGCCUCGGGGGACGGUGACACCCCUCAGGGUGUCUCGACCCACUUCCAGCACACACACAGGGGAGAAAACUCCCCUGUCCAGUGCCAAAAAGGCCCAGCCAACAAGCCCCAGCCCUGCCACGGCCAGCAGGAAAGAGACCAAGCAAGAGACCAAAAAGAAGAUCAACCAAAAACCAACCACCAAGUCCUCUGAAGCACCCAGUACUGUAAAGCCGACCAGGAGGAGGAUUGACAACACAACCAGCAGCAUCCACUUUGUCACCCUGAAGCAAACCCCACAGACUCCAACCACCGGACCCCUUCCAAAGAAGCACGUGCCAGCCCCCAGCAGGAAAGGGGAUCUUGGCAAUGUCACCCUGGUGUACACCAAACCUCCCCUGGGGGCUGCCCAUCCUGUCUCCAGAGCACAGGCUCAGGCCUUCAACCUCACCACCCCAGCUGCAACUGAUGGCUAUCAGAUCUUCGACCCCCUUGGGCCCACUCCGUUUCCAUUUCUACUGGGAUACCCAGGAGUGAAAGGAGACAGAGGACCUCAGGGUCCACCAGGUCUGCCGGGCUUACCAGGACCACCAGGCAAAAGAGGUUCCCGAGGUCCUCCAGGUCCCCAUGGAAACCCUGGCUCACCUGGACCCCCAGGCCUGAAAGGUCAGAAAGGUGAUCCUGGGCUGUCGCCUGGAAAAGCUCGCAGAGGACCAAAGGGAGAUGUGGGCUUACCUGGUCUGACUGGGUUCCCUGGGCCACCUGGUAGAAAGGGAUAUAAAGGCUACCCUGGACCACCAGGUCACCCUGGAGACCAGGGUGAACGAGGACCAGCCGGCAGCCCUGGUGCCAAAGGUUAUCCUGGCAGGCAGGGCUUACCUGGCCCCAUAGGGGAAGCUGGUCCAAAAGGCAGUCGGGGGUAUAUUGGUCUUCCAGGAUUAUUUGGGCUACCAGGGGCUGAUGGAGAACGAGGGAUCCCUGGAGUUCCUGGGAAGAGGGGCAAGAUGGGUAGGCCGGGUUUUCCUGGUGAUUUUGGGGAACGAGGACCUCCAGGCAUCGACGGGAACCCAGGAGAAUUGGGAGCCCCAGGUCCUCCUGGAGUCCUUGGACUCAUUGGUGACAUGGGCUCUGUUGGACCUAUUGGUUAUCCAGGACCAAAGGGCUUAAAGGGACUGAUGGGAAACCCUGGAGAACAUGGACUGAAAGGUGAUAAGGGUGACCAGGGAGGAGCAGGUCUUCCAGGAGAUAUUGGCUUCCAAGGAGACAAGGGUAGCCACGGUUUGCCUGGGCUCCCUGGGGCACGAGGGAAACCAGGCCCUGUGGGAAAAGUUGGUGACAUGGGUCCGAUGGGGUUUCCAGGACCUCCUGGCCCUGAGGGCUUCCCAGGGGACAUCGGCCCGCCAGGAGAAAACGGCCCCGAAGGUCCAAAGGGGAAGCCGGGAGCGCGGGGUUUACCUGGGCCAAGAGGGCUGCCUGGACAAGAGGGAGAUGAAGGACCCAUAGGACCAUCAGGAGUCCCUGGUUCAGAGGGUCGACCUGGCCGGAAGGGAUUUCCAGGAAGACCUGGUCCUGAUGGUCCCAAGGGCGAGCCAGGAAACAACGGCCGGCCGGGGAAAGUUGGUGAGCAGGGUCUAAUGGGAUUCAUUGGUCCAGUAGGGGAGCCUGGAAUAGUGGGAGAAAAGGGUGACCGUGGCUCAGUGGGACCCCCAGGCCCUCCUGGAGACAAGGGGUCGAUGGGGCACCCUGGAAUACCAGGAGCAGUGGGUUUUCCCGGAAUCCCUGGACCAGCAGGUCCGGCAGGAGCCCGCGGUGCACCAGGGAUCAGAGGGGUGAAGGGCCGUCGGGGUGCCAGAGGGCCUGAUGGACCAGUAGGCGAGCCAGGGUCACGCGGUGCCAAGGGCCGUCCAGGGGAGCCAGGCAAGCUGGGGCCAGAUGGGCUGCAGGGGAAGAUGGGUGAGACUGGGGAGACAGGAUCCCGUGGCUUUCCAGGUAUCCAAGGGCCUUCUGGACCUCCAGGAGCAAAAGGGGCACCAGGCGACCCGGGUCCACAAGGACCACGGGGACCACCUGGACCUUUGGGAGAAAUCGGCCAUAAGGGACCGCCUGGCCCAAUGGGACCACCUGGCCUCGCAGGUGAACCUGGCAUGAAGGGUGAUCCUGGCCAGCUGGGAGUUCCUGGAGAGCAAGGUCUCAUUGGUCAAAGAGGAGAAAUGGGGCUGGAAGGGGACAGUGGGCCACCUGGUCCAGAUGGAGCCAAGGGAGACAAAGGAGAGCAAGGCCUGGAUGGAGAGAAAGGAGAAAAAGGCACUGAAGGACUGAAGGGAAAAGAAGGGCCUCCUGGAUAUCCUGGCAUCACAGGUGUCCGAGGACCAGAAGGGAAACCAGGAAAACAGGGAGAAAAGGGCAAGCCUGGCCAGAAGGGCAGCAAGGGCUACCAGGGGCAGCUUGGAGAGACAGGACCUCCAGGGAAGGAGGGGCCGAAGGGGAACCAAGGCCCUAAAGGAUCCCGAGGUACCCUGGGACCUAUGGGUGCUCCAGGAAGGAUGGGUGCUCAGGGGGAGCCUGGCUUGAAGGGUUACCAGGGACACGCUGGACCACCAGGGCCAAUUGGACCACCGGGGCCAAAGGGUGAGAAGGGAGAACAAGGUGAUGACGGGAAGGUGGAAGGCCCACAAGGACCACCCGGAGACAGAGGUCCCUUUGGUGACAGAGGAGAUCGAGGGGAGCCCGGAGACCCUGGUUAUCCUGGCCAAGAAGGGCUUGAUGGAGAAAGAGGAAAACCUGGACAGCAAGGCUUACCUGGGGAUCCUGGACCACCAGGCCAGCCAGGAGCAAAGGGAUCCAAAGGUGAUGUGGGUCAAAAAGGGAAGCAAGGAGCACGAGGCAGUGCUGGGAGCAGAGGCUCACCGGGCACUCUUGGGCUACCUGGUCCUCGAGGAGUGGUGGGAAGGCAGGGCCAGGAGGGUGCCCCUGGAGUGGAUGGAGUGCCUGGGAAGGACGGUCUGCCUGGGGUGCUGGGAGAGCAGGGAGAUGAUGGGGAAGAAGGCAUAACAGGGAUGGCAGGCAAAAGAGGGAACCCCGGCGUACCAGGACUGCCUGGGGCACAGGGACCACCAGGAUUCAAGGGUGAAAGAGGAUUGCCUGGACAGAAUGGCCAAACAGGGAAGAGAGGAUCACUGGGAGGAAUGGGUCUCCCAGGGAGCCCUGGAGAUCCAGGACCCAAAGGCCAACCGGGAGACUUUGGGGAGACGGGAUUCCCAGGGAUCGCUGGCAUCUUUGGGCCAAAGGGACCCCCAGGAGACCCCGGUUUCAAAGGCAUUCAGGGACCACGUGGUCCACCUGGCCUCAUGGGUAAAGAAGGCAUUAUUGGUCCACAUGGCAUUCAGGGUCCCACAGGAAACCCGGGACCGAAGGGGGACAAAGGCAGCCGUGGGGACAUGGGGCUUCAGGGCCCAAGGGGUCCUCCAGGCCCACGAGGACAGCCUGGCCCUCCGGGACCGCCAGGAAUUCCAGCUUCAUUUCAACAAGAUGGCUUUGGGGCUGCUUUCCGGACACUGGUUGACUCCAACACGGCGCUCAAGACAGAGGGUUACCAACACCCAGACCUUCUCAUGCUGGACCAUGGAGGGGAGAUCUUUAAGACUCUACACUACCUCAGCAAUCUCAUUCAGAGCAUCAAGAGACCCCUGGGCACCAAGGAAAACCCUGCACGCAUCUGCCGAGACCUCAUGAACUGUGAACAGAAGAUGAAGGAUGGUACCUACUGGAUCGAUCCCAAUCUGGGCUGUUCCUCAGACACCAUCCAAGUCAUCUGCAACUUCACCAAUGGUGGGCAGACGUGUCUCAGCCCCAUCACCGUCUCCAAGCUGGAUUUUGACGUCGGCAGAGUCCAGAUGAACUUCCUGCGCCUGCUGAGCUCGGAGGUGGUGCAGCACAUCACCAUCCACUGCCUGAACACCUCUGUCUGGAGGGAGGGCUCUGCUGAGAAGCCUUCGCAGAAAGCCGUGCGCUUCAAGGCAUGGAACGGGCAGAUGUUUGAGGCAGAGGGGCAGCUGAAGCCGGAGGUGGCAGCUGAUGAUUGCAAGAUCAAGGAUGGACGCUGGCAUCGGACCCUCUUUUCCUUUCGGACACAGGACACCCAGCAGCUGCCAAUCGUCAACAUCUACAACCUUCCCCCAUCCGAGCCAGGAAAGCAAUAUCACCUCGAGGUCGGCCCCGUGUGCUUCCUUUGAACACUGCCAUCAAACCCGGGCUCCAAGGCUUUGACCCCACUUCUGGCCUAUGUCUUUACACAGGGUCUCUGCAGCAAGGACAGCUGGGCUGUGUCUUUUGGGUCAACUCUUGCUCUAGCCUUUGGCUCAAGGUCUCAAAGAACCCGUGAUCUACUGAACUCAGCAGGUUGUUGAAAGGAGGAAUACGAAGGACGUAGGGGAAGCGGGUAUCGGUUGGGACGUGACCGGUGCAAAGGGAUCAGGGGACGAGGUGUCGCACGUGGUUCCACACACAAAAAGCUUUUUCCAUAACCAAAGAAGAAAAGAAAACCUUGAGAGAAACCUCAAGCGACACCCAGCAUGUGGUUUCCCCACCCUCCCCCCACCCUAUUUUUUGCCUUACCUGGUUCCCAAGUUACCAAAUGUUCUUCCCAUUGAGAAGUAAUUCAGAGCUGAUAGGGCUUCCCUCGCAGAGCUGGGCGCCUCCUGGAUGGAGCUGCAAUGCAACACUCUGCGUACCGGAACCAUUUUGAUGUGCAAUAUUAGAAGAAACAAAUAUAUAUAUAUAUACAUAUAUAUAUAUAUAUAAUAUUAUUUAAAGCAAAAAAAAAGAAAAGAAAAAAAAAAUAGGAAAAAAAAACUAAAGUUGCUCCUUCCAUGAGUGAAGUCGAACCAACGUCCCUUCUCGUGUGCGUGGUGUUGGGGUGGGGGAGAGUCCCAAAGCUGAAAGGGGGGGAAUGGAAGGAGGAGAAGGGAAGAGAUUGGUGCUACAAUAGAGAGAGAGGAUGGGCUCGUCUGAUUUGUUUCUACCUCUCACUGUGAAAUCUCUGGUGCUCUUAAAACAAAGUGUGUUAUUUUAUAUAUAUGAUUUUAUUUAAGGUUGUGAAGGUGCUACAGUGGCUUGCCACAGACCCAAAAUCAAAAGCCCAUCGGGACCACCUCUGUAGGAAGAGAGGAGGUCACGAGCUACAGCUGAAUCACAGAAACACCUUUUAAAGGGAUCUUUCCAUUGCCACGGGUGCCAACCCUGCACAACAACUCAGAGCGCACCCGACGUGCACCUUUCAGGCUAUGACUUUCCAAGCAGAUUUACCUUCUCGUUCGUUCAGUUUGUUUGUCUGUUUGUUUUUAAACCAGCACUUCAACUGCUCUGCUUGGGGAGCGGGGCUGCAGCUCAUCCCAUGUUGCUUUAUGGGGUCAGCUGCCCCAGAGCUGUGCUGGCAUUGACCCACAGCCACACGUGCAGCUCUGAGCUCAUAUAUAACACCCAGCCCUGCUCCCCUUCUAUCCGGGCCCCUCUGCCACAUCUGAAAGCACCGUGCCUUGUUAUCACAACGCAGCCGGGCUCGCAGGGGUUGUGUUUUGUUAAGCUGUGUAGAAAUUUAGGCUCUGUAUGUAAAUUUGGAGGAUUGUUUGUUGUUUUGUUUCGUUUUGUUUUUUUUUUCAAAAGAGGAUAAUUACGGUAAUCUUUAAUUCUAUAUAAGGAAUAAUAUUGAUGUAUCCGGAGCUGUACUGUAUCGGAAAUGCUUCAGUGCCUGUUUGGGGUGUUCACCUCUCCUAAGGACUGCGGAGUUUAUUUUUUUGAGGAAAAAAA